UAUGGGUCAGUCAAGGGGGCAGUCUCGAUAUUAUCUACUCAAAUAUUAAUUUUAUUUUAUGCACUAUAAAGUUUUAAGUUAAAUAUUUGAUUUAAAAAACCCUUAUAAUGUCGAUUGUUCAUAUCAUUGACCACAAUGAGGUAAUUUACCAUAUACUUGAUGAGCCUCCGCCAGAUCCGCCAAAAACACCAAGAUAUGAAUCUCAGUUGGAGAAAGAAUUAAAGCAAACUAAAAGGCCGCUAACGAGACGAACUUUUGGCUACGCGGAGACUCCACUCAAGCCUCCUGAACGAUUUUUGAAGAAAGGGGAAGGUUUACACCCAGUAAAGCAGCCGCUACACAAAUGUGAACCAACGAAGCACCUUCCACCGGUUCCGAAACGACCACCACCUGACAAGAAAUCUGAGAAACCAGCCGUUAAUUUUAAAGUUGUUAAUAUAAAAAAAACAAUAAAGGCUAAACCAAAACCAGUAGAGCCAAGACUAGUAGACACUAGAGAUGGUCACAUAAAAAAACUGAAAGGGUCAGGAGAAAUACCAGAAUAUUGCCUGCGAAAAGAUUUUGGCCAGAUGCCCACAUAUUUGGUGAAACGAAAUAAGAAAAUUCAGAAAAAGUUGGAUAAAAUUAGGUAUGAAAAGGAACAUAAGGAAAGUCUUUGCAAGCUUAUUAGUGAGCAAGAACGACAGGCUCUUCUCGAAGACCUCAAAAUAAAUUGGCAACGAAUGCAGAAAGCGUUCCUACAACUGCCAAUGCUCACGGAUACAAUACCGAAAAUUAUGAAGAAAACAAAAAUGGAGCAAGAGCUACGGCAGCUAGAGAAAGACAUCGCUUUGAUCGAAUCUAAUCCAUACAUUUAUUUGUAUGAAUGAUGAAACAGCAAUCUUUAUGAAAAACCAAUAAAAGAUAUUCAAACGAA